GUUUGGAUGCAAAUACCACGGCUGUGGAACUUGUCUGAGUUGGAUGCUGUUCGACGCUCCAAAGUGGAUUUAAAAAGCGCAACUCGCAGGAGCUUCAGUGCAAACAGGCAUCCUGUCCUACAAAGACGAAAUAAAAAGUCCGAGGGGCUUAGUUCAUCGGGAUAUAUAUUUUGUUAUGCACAUCAUCUUUAACUGGAGGAAUUUUUUUUUUUAAUCAUUUGCACACUUUUUUCUGUUGUGUGCAUCCUCUACACGCCUGCUAUAGGACGUUGCCUCGAAAUUGCGACAGAUGUGAAAGAAAUUAAAUCAUAUUUCUUUUGAAAGGAUGACCGAGAAAGGUUGCAUGAGGGUAUCCUGUAGGAGGAGUUCUUUGUGACCACCAAACAAGUUACGGAUUUUCUCUUAUAAAAAAGGAAAUUGAGUGCCGUCAGCUCAAUGAACAGCAUUAUUUGGAGACACCGCUUUACAGCAGGCCCUGGUACAAGCAGAUGUGUGUGUCACACAUAGUCAAGAACCUGCACCCGUCUUCUUUCAAUCUGCAAGCUUGUAUUUUGUUCCUCCUUCGAGCACCAUUAGUAGGACGCUUGCUUGCGAGCUCAGGCUGACAACACACCCUCCUUAAACAGCGGACUCCUUGCUUCCCUGCCAGCCCACCCCGAGCUUCAUGGGUUGAACCACCAGAAGUUCGACAAAAUCCUCUCCAAUCUCUCCUCCUCUUCCACAUCCUCUGAACAACCUCCACUCUCCCCUCCCUCCACCUCCCCCCGCUCCUCCAUCCCCACGCUGUCUACUCCCUUUGCCAGCACCACCACCAGUGUGAUGGCUUGUUGUGCCUCAGGCUUGUUUGGACUUGCUACCGCGGCUUCCCCCUCCACUGCACACACUCGCGGAUACAGCAGCCACUAGAGUGACAGAUACAGAGAGACAGAGGGGAGGAAAAGGGAGAGACAUACAGACAGAGAAAGAGAGCAGUUCCACAGGAGAGAGAAGGGAUCAUCUGCCCCAGCAGCAGAGGGAUUCACCUGCCCCACAGAGGAAGGGGGGGCCCCCCCACCUGAUCCAUCUGGUCGCAGGGGGGGGACCCUGCGUGGCCGCAAAGGCAACAGGGACUAUGCAGCUGAGACUGGUGGCGCUGGCAAUGGUCUUCCUCAGCUCCAUGGGUCCCAGCGAUGCUCUCAAGCUCUCCAAAGCGAGAAGGCAGAGGCGGGUUAGUACUGAGGGGCCACCAUCUUGCCCCAAAGGCUGUGACCGAUGCUCAGAGUAUAACGGCUGCAUUAAAUGCAGGCCCAAGCUCUUCAUCUUCCUGGAGCGCAAUGACAUCCGUCAGAUAGGCGUGUGCCUUGCCUCCUGCCCUAUGGGAUACUUUGGCAUGAGGAACCCAGAGGGCAACAACAGAUGCACCCAAUGUAAAAUAGACAAUUGUGAAGCGUGUUUCAAUCGCAAUUUUUGCACAAAAUGUAAGGAGGGCUUGUAUUCACACAGUGGGCGAUGUUAUGUCAGCUGCCCUCCAGGCCAGCGCACCGCUAAUGAGACUAUGGAGUGUGUCGGUCAGCGUCCUGCAGAGUGUGAACUGGGUGAGUGGAGCCAAUGGGGUGCAUGUAUGAAGAAGAACAAAACAUGUGGAUUUAAAAAAGGCUCGCAGUCUCGGCUCCGCGAGCCCCUUCUGCCGGUCCACAGCCCAGACACCUCCUUGGCCUUUGUACCCUCGCAGACCUGCACUCCACAGACAGAGCGGAGGAAGUGCAUUGUGGCUAAGACGCCCUGUGUGAGAGAGAGGAAGAGUAAGCUAGAGAGACAAGAUGACACAAACAGGAGAGAGAGGGAGAAUGCACGCGGGCGAGCACGAGAAAGCAAAGAUGGCAGUAGAGGAGGAGGAGGAGGGAAGAGGCGAAAAGGCCAGAGCAGGACCACCACUGCUCCUAGCAGCACAACCAGCUCUGUCAGCUAAACUCUAUCGCCUGCUGGAUGGGGCUGACAGAAACACAGACAAAGCCUCACCCAGCAGCACCAGCCAUGGACAAAUAUCAAAGUGAUGAAGGAAUGGAAGGAAUUAAUGCUGCUAUGCAUUGGAGAAGAUGCAAAGAGAACUGGAGGAGUGCCGCAACACAAAAGGCUUCUCUGAGCUUUUUGACUAGUUGAACAUAUCUGGAAGAUACUGGUGUCUUAGUGGUGUUCAGAAAUACUUGCUGAUUUUCAUUCCACCGUGAGGGAUCACUGUGGGACUGCAAAGCCACGUUGAAGAUUGUGGUUUGUCACGGUUCGCGUCAUGAACCCGACCUGUGUUACUUCUUGAACUAACAACAGAUUCCUGUGUUUGAAAUGCAACAUUCAAGCUGGAAGGCUGAUAAUGAAUGAUGGUCUCUUCAGUCUCCUCUGUUCUAUGAUGUAUUUUGUUCCAGUCCGAUGUUGAUCACAAUCUGUUCUUCAUUUGUUUUCAUGUUUGCGAGAGGUGGCAGAUGGAGUUUCUCAACAACCGCUGUUUGUGAUGUAAAGACAAUGAAUAGUAUUAAGUCUGGGUACCUUUUAUUUCCUAUUGUGAGAUGAAACAACAAAAAAAAGAAAGGCACUGGAAAUCAUUUGUGGUUGUUGAGGACAGAAGAUCUUGUUCACAGUAUAUUAUUCGGACGAGGGAAUCUAUUAGAAAAUUACACGCCUAAGAGAAGAUGGAGGAUUACUGGCUCAAAUCCAUCUCUGGUGUCAUGAUACAAACAUUUGCCAUUUGAUAGCCUGGUUGUUUGUUCUGAAUUAAUUGUUGCCGUUUGUAUCAGAAAAUAACUGCACCGAAAAUGAGGAAUAAAAACAUGUAUUUGCAUGUGUACAAGAUUGCAUGUGUGUGCAUGCAAACGUGUGUGUGUGUGUGUGUGUGUGUGUGUGUGUGUGUGUGUGUCAACCUACAGUCUGGGUUUUUGUGUACUUUGUAUGCAUUUCUGCAUGGGAUCAAGUUGUUUGUCAAUGAAACUUAGUCAUUUGUUCAUGUGUGUAAAGGUCUGCACAAGUGUGUUAAUAUUGGUCUCAUAGAUUGAAGGAAUAGGUUCUAAAAAACAAGAGGAAGGAUAUGUAAAUGCACAGUGCUAUAUCAAAUAUGCAGUAACUACAAGCCACUGAUUAUCAUAUAAGCCAUCAAAUCAUCAGCUGCUCAGUAAUCUUAUCUGUAACAGGGUCUGAAGAUUUUGCACAACUAUGUUUCCUACCGCUCAAGUUUCAGAACAAUCAUAGCAUUCUACACAUUUAUACUCCAAAAGCUUCAUGACCUAACAGACAUAAGAAAAUGUUUCACUUUGUUUUCAUAGAAUUGUUUUCCAUGGGUCUGUUUGCUUUACACAAGAUAUUAGUUUCAGGAGAAAUUACACGCUACAUUAUUCAUUCAUACUAUGAAUUGUGAUAGUGAAUAUGUCAAACGGUGUUUAUCAUUAAACAUAUGAGGUAUUAAAAUCAUCAUGUAUAGCUUAUUCUGUGAAAGCCUAAAUAAAGUUCAGUAGAAAUCAUA